AUGUUUCCAUUCAAUGUUGGUGCGCCGACGCCGAAGCUGGAUGAUGAGGACUGCCGGAGCCCGAUUGUCUUCAAAGUCUGCCUGGACAGUGAAAGUGACAUCGACGAGGCGUUGUCGUUGUGCUCAAGCGCCUCCACCACUGCCUGCUCGACGGCAUCUGCAACGCCAGACGCAUCUGCAACGCCCUGUGCUUUCAGCAGGCGAGAGUCGGCGGCUGCAGCCGUCCCCAUCAAGCGUGCAGCUGGCCCGAGGUGCUGCAGUGACCGGCAGCAGAGACGGGCACGACGCAAGAACAAGCAGAAGGAGGCAGUAGCCGAAUACCUCCUCGACUAUGGCUUCUGGGACAUCAACGAGCCUCGUGCGCAGACGGGCGGGCAGCAGCAGGAGGAAACUGUGUACCCGAUACACCUCGCAGCACAGCAGGGUAAUGUUCGCAUGGUGCGAGCACUGCUGGAGGGUGGCGCGGAUCCGAUGCAGAAAUCCUCCUUGGGGCGCAGUGCACAUGACUUUGCUCUUCUCGCUUUGCGGAAACCCGCGCAGGAGGAAGUCCGCCGCCUCUUGGAGCUCGGCCCUGCAAAAAAGGUGACGCUGAGGGAGUUUUGCAAGUUGGCAGCAGCUCCAAGAGUGAUGGAGCUUUGA